UGUCCCAAAAUGUUGUGGUCCAAUCCUUUAGGCAAUUUCGUUUCCUGUAACGAUCGCUCGAAUGCGCGACCCAAAGCGGCCGAGCGUUGCGCGCGAUACGUGGGAAAGGCGAGCGGCUCCGCGCGACCCCCAUUCCCCGAAACAGCGGACACCGAGCGGCUCGUUUGCCUUGUUAUGAAAUGCAAAUGGAGAGGUGUGGUUUUCAUAAGAUGGGGAAACUGGACUGACAGUCAGUCGUGCAGCCAGGGGUUAAGCGUUCGGCCCGAUCCUUCAGCUAUUCUAAUGUGCUCCAGUGUCCAGUGGAACACGGCAAGCCCUACACAGAAGACUGCCACAGUUAGGACCUUAGCUACACGUCUUAAGGAUCCUGGUGGCUUAUGUAGGGUUGUGAGUCUCCUGCGAAAUACAACGGAGACGUAAGAUACGAGAACGAAACGAAAUAAAGCAACACCAAGGGCGAACGUGUAAGCGCGCAAGACACAUACACGUGUGUGUUUGUGAGUUCUGGCCAUGAAAACGCAGUCAUUAUAACCGGACAUACUGCAUGAUGUUUGAAACAUUGACGUGGCUGUAGGCGGCGCAAACGCGCUCGCAGCUGUCAACAUCACCUGACGCCAUGACGUCACACGCAGCACCCAAAAUGGCGGAACAACAACACGGCAGAGUGGCGUCUGCAGCACAGGACGAUGAAGACGAGGCUUACGAGAUCGUGGAUCUGAGCACACACGCGCGGACGCAGCAGUGGUGGAGCGCCGUGUCCGGGAACAACUCCGGCCCCAUCGCUGAGAAAUAUUCUGUGGCCGCUCAGAUCAUGAUGGGUGGGAUGACGGGCUGGUGUGCGGGGUAUCUGUUUCAGCGGGUGGGGAAGAUCGCCGCCACCGCCGUCGGAGGAGGAUUUCUGCUGUUACAGAUAGCCAAUCACAGCGGCUACGUCCAAGUUGACUGGAAGAAAGUGGAGAAAGAUGUUAAUACCGCAAAGAGACGUCUGAAGAAAAAAGCCAAUAAAGCCGCACCUGAGAUCAACACGUUUAUUGAGGAGGCCACUGAAUUUGUGAAGAAAAACAUCGUCGUUUCGAGUGGAUUUGUUGGCGGCUUCCUGCUCGGCCUCGCCUCCUGAGUCGAAACGGGUUUCUGGUGAUGCUGUGGAGAGCGUCUUCCCAUCAUGCACCUCGUGAUAGGCUGGCGCUAAACCGGCCGCGUCGCCGUACGCUCAGUUAACCGGUCGUGACUUGGUGGCUUCUUCGCUCACUUAGUAGUUGUGAGUUUGAUGAUACGGGGUGAAAGUGAGCUUAUAUUCUUUACAGAAGCGUGCACUUUUUACGCCGAGAGUCGUCUGAAACACUGGGAUGCUUCUGUUCGUGAUUUUCAUCUGUGAAAACUCAAACCGCUGCAAAAUGGAUGGAUAAUUAUUAUUGUCUGCUAAUGCUUGUAGAGGUUCUUUGUUCACUGUGACGUUACUGUUGUAUUUUCAUGGCCUUAAUUCAGACGUCUUGUAAAACUGUGAGAUUCGUGUGCUGUUCCGGCGUCGCCGUCAGCCAGCGGAUGUAUAUUUGUUUGUUCACUCGCUGUCUGUUUAUGGGGAAUGUUUACAUUGUAAAUAAAAGUGACUCCUGAUUUGACACUUUAA